GUCAAGAUGAUGGCAAGCUGCCACCUGAUCCCAUAGAAAGAUUUCAGCAAUGUCAGAUAAUCAAAAACUUGGCCUGCUGGAUGGAACAAGUGAUAGCAGAUUUUAUAAUUCCGUUCAGUCAGAGUACUAUCUCUGAUAUUCUGUCAAAUGAGGAGAAAUGGGCUCUCAAUAGAUAUAGCUUCACAAGAAAAAAACUUGUCAAGCUUUCCCCUACAUUGGAAGAAGCCCUAUCAAGGUAG